AUGGAUGGCCUUGCGGAAGGGCAGGAGGAGGACUCCAACUGUGCGGCCUGCCAACGUGCGGACGAUGCGGAGGAUAUGGUCCAGUGUGACCAAUGCGAUAUAUGGAUGCAUUACACUUGUGGCGGAGUGAACGAGAGCAUCGCAAAUCGCUCGUGGGUGUGCGGCAAUUGCACCACACUGCAAGAAGACGUCGUUUCGGUACGCAGUGGAUCCAGUCGGUCCAGCUCAACCUCGGUAUUCUCAGUUUGCCUUAGUCAACUGGCGGAAAGGCAACAAUUAGAACGCGCUCGUUUAGAACUGGAGCUGCAGCGCCGUCAUUUGGAUGAGCAGCAGCAGCUAAUCAACAAGGUAAUUGGCGGAGAGGAAACAAAAACCACUCACAGCAGAGCGAGCAAUGCAGUGACGUCGCCUCCAUGCGACAAGCGCCAAUCGACUCCGCUCCCUCCCGGAGCUCCAACAGCUUCGAAGACACGUCGGUCAGUUCCACCAUCUGGCACUCCUCGUUCUACUGCACCUGUUAUGGUGUCGAUUCCUCUUACCGCGCUCGAACCGCGCACAGUUAAGAUUUUGGAAGGUAAGAAGAAUCCACAUGUCGCACUGCAGGAACUCAGGAACCGGGUUGAGCAGUGCGAGCGUCGCGCCAAUCCAACACCUGACCAACUGGCAGAUUUGAAUGCGCAGCUCGAGCUAUGCCGGAAAGUUCUGGAAGGGCUCCAGACCGGCACGGAAGCAAACGACAUCAGCAAUCUGGCGGAGGUACAGCAACCAAAGCACGCGAGCCCGUCGCGCUUGGUAAAACAAACCGGCACAAUCCCUAAGGCGAAUCGGAAACUGCAGUCGGUUCCCGAAGGCGAACUGGGAGCAGUAGGUGAUGCCUUCCCGCAGAGACAUCUCUGGCCAUUGGAGAAGGCGGUAAGCCAAACCGGCUGGCCGUCGGUGAGUAAAACGAACCCAUCAUCUGAAAUCCAUCCGAAUGAUAUGGAACCCCCAGGUAAGCGUCAAGCCUUGAGCCAUUCUAUCAAAAUUAUAAACAAGAAAGCGUCCAAUUAUUGCCCCACGACCAACAAUCAAAUUACCCAAGGGCAGCUGCGAGUUAACGCGCGCCCGGGGGAGUUUUGUAUACCUCCUACAAAUUCCCAUGAGCAGCUGCGAGAUUCAUUCGCGCACCAGGUCAAUGCAACUUUGUACCACAAUCAACCUGAACAAUAUUCAUCCGGUGUGCAAACGCGUAAUCUCCCCUCGCGUACGGUUGAAUCGUCUCUGUCCCCUCGUCAAUCUGAAAGUGUUCAACGAAACCAGGUGAUUCCCCAGCUAGACCCAGCUCGCCCCACACAGCAGCAGCUUGCAGCAAGGCAGUCCCUGGCUAAGGAACUUCCUCGAUUUACCGGUGACCCAGCUGAAUGGCCGAUCUUCAUCUCAAACUACCGGUACACAAGCGAAGCUUGUGGUUUUUCGGAUGGAGAAAAUAUGCUCCGCUUACAACGAUGCCUAUCUGGUCCUGCUCUCGAAACAGUUCGCAGUCGCUUGGUACUUCCAGCAGCAGUGCCACAAGUGAUCGAGACCCUACGUAUGCGGUUUGGACGUCCGGAGCUGCUGAUCAACGCUUUGCUUCGGAAGGUGCGAGAAAUUCCAGCUCCUAGGUCCGACAGGUUGGAAGGGCUGAUCGAGUUCGGAAUGGCGGUGCAGGCACUGUGCGAUCACAUCGAAGCAGCGGAUGAACGCGCUCACCUAUCGAACCCAUCGCUACUGCAAGAGCUUGUGGCGAAACUUCCUGGGGAUCAACGAAUGAUGUGGGCGGGAUACAAACGAGGAUUCCAAUGCGUCGAUUUAAAAACCUUCGGUGAUUAUAUGGCAACAGUGGUACGGGAUGCAACUAGUGUGGUGACCUUUGAACCGGAGGUAAAACGGAGCAGCGUUCGUGACCGUCCGAAGAACAAAGGAUUUGUUAACUCUCAUGCAACGGAAGCAUCUGCAAAACCAGAGGAUUCAUUACGUGAACACAAGGAAAUGCCGAAGCACUUCGAUUGUACUCACUGCAACAAAAGCGGACACCGAGUGCGUGACUGCAAUGCGUUCAAGCAGUUGCACGUCGACGAUCGCUGGAGACGAGUGCGAUCCUUGGGUCUGUGUCAGAACUGUUUAUUCAGCCACGGAAGACGCGCGUGUCGCGGACGAAAGCUCUGUGACAUCGGAGGGUGCCAAUUCCGCCACCAUCCGCUUCUGCACUCUUCUAGAGGUCCACCAAAGCCGUCGGAACUCACGAUGCAGAUAGCUGAAAAUCAUACUCAUCGCCACCUGGCUUCUUCGACGCUAUUUCGGAUCAUUCCAGUGACUGUACACGGAAGUAAAGGAUCGAUUGAUACAUUCGCCUUUCUCGAUGAAGGUUCUGACCUGACGUUGGUAGAAAGUGAUUUGGUUACCUCGCUCGGUGUGAAAGGUAAUACCCUUCCUCUAUGUCUACGGUGGACCGGGAAUACAUCUCGCGUAGAAAAAGGCUCGCAGCAGAUUUCGAUCGAGAUCGCUGGAAUCGGUCAACAAAAGCGGCAUAAGCUGCUGAACGCAAGAACGGUAAACAACCUAGGACUCCCUGCUCAAAGUUUCCAGAUAGAAGAAGCGGCUCAACUACACAAACACUUGAAAGGCAUCCCUAUUACUAGCUACCAGAACGCAGUGCCCAAGAUCCUAAUUGGGGUAGACAACUUGCGCCUGGCGCUGCCUUUGAAAGUACGGGAAGGUGAAGGAUCAGCACCGGUGGCGGUUAAAACCAGACUUGGUUGGUGCGUCUACGGUCCACGAGGAAACAGCAAACAAGAAUCCUACAGUUUCCACGUUUGUGAAUGUUCCUGCGACGAAGCACUCCACGAGGCAGUGAAGGAAUUUUUCGCCGUUGAAGGAGUUGGCGCCCGACCGACAGAAAUCGCGCUGACGAAAGAAGAGGAACGAGCACUCACUAUUAUGGAAGCUACUACUCGGCGAAUAGGAAAUCAUUUCGAAACAGGCCUCAUAUGGAAGGAAGACCAGGUGGAAUUCCCGAACAAUUACUACAUGGCAGUACGUCGACUAGAGUGUCUAGAACGCAGAAUGGAUCGCGAUGCGGGACUGAAGGAGAAUCUCCACCGGCAAAUUCGCGAAUACGAGGCAAAGGGCUACACGCACAAGGCUACGAAAGCAGAAAUGGAAGCAGCAGAUCCUAGAAGAGUGUGGUAUCUUCCGGUUGGAGCGGUGAUAAACCCCAAGAAGCCGGGGAAAGUCCGUAUCAUCUGGGACGCAGCGGCCAAGGUGGAUGGCAUAUCCCUGAACAGCGCUCUUCUUAAAGGCCCCGAUCAACUCUCUUCUCUUCCGGCCGUUCUUUUUCGCUUUCGGCUGUAUGGAGUAGCACUUAGCUCGGAUAUCCAGGAAAUGUUUCACCAGAUCCGAAUCCGUGAAGAAGACAAGAGCUCCCAGCGUUUUUUGUGGCGUGCCAAACCGUCCGAAAAGCCAACCGUCUACUUGAUGGAUGUCGCCACAUUUGGCAGCACCUGUUCACCAGCUUCGGCACAAUUCGUAAAAAAUCGGAACGCUGAGCAACAUCGAGAGCUUUAUCCCGAAGCGGCGAAAGCGAUUGUCGACGACCACUACGUCGACGAUUAUCUGGCGAGUUUCAGUUCGGAAGAAGAGGCAGCAAAGAUAGCAAGCGAAGUACGAUACGUACACAAUAACGGGGGAUUCCAGCUACACAAUUGGCGGUCGAACAGUGCUACGGUACUAGAGCGUCUGGGUGAAGUGCAACCUGAAACAGACAAGCAGCUAAACCUGGUAGAUGCAGCGAAAUCCGAAAGGGUACUCGGAAUGCUGUGGAGCCCUUCAACCGAUGAACUGAGUUUUUCCACACAGAUGAGCGAAGAGGUGCAAACGCUGAUCCGUACAACGACACGGCCGACGAAGAGACAAAUAUUACGGUGCGUUAUGACCCUAUUCGAUCCUUUGGGGCUGCUCUCUCCGUUUAUCAUACACGGCAAGGUCCUUAUUCAAGACCUGUGGCGCGAAGGCACGGAGUGGGACGAGCAAGUCAGUGACAUCGUCUUCGCAAAAUGGGAGAGAUGGGUACAGAUGAUCCAGUACAUUGCCAGAGUCCGGAUUCCCAGAUGCUAUUUCCGUCAUGCCAACAAGAGGACGUACCGCAAUUCCGAGAUACACGUUUUCGUUGACGCUAGUGAGGUAGCAUACUCUUGUGCAGUCUACCUGCGUACAUUCGACAGAGUCGGAGAUCCGCAGUGUUGCCUAAUUGCAGGCAAAUCAAAGGUCGCCCCGCUGAAGCCGUGGUCGAUUCCCAGACUCGAACUGCAAGGGUGUGUCCUAGGUGUACGAUGGUCGAAAUUCGUCAGGGAAAACCACGAUGUCCCCGUCUCCGACAUAGUGUUUUGGACGGACUCCAGGACAGCACUGGCCUGGAUCAAGUCAGAUCCUAGAAAUUAUCGGCAAUUCGUGUCCUUCAGAGUAAGUGAGAUUCUGGAGCACACAACAGCAAGUCAGUGGCGAUGGGUGCCAUCAUCGUCCAACCCAGCGGAUGAAGCAACUAAAUGGGGCAGUGGACCAUACUUUCACCACGACAGCAAGUGGUUUCAGGGACCCGACUUUCUACGGCUUCCGGAACAUGAGUGGCCCCGCUCGAAAGAGCCAGUGACUGCUACUAGUGACGAAAUGCGUACGCCAGUUCUACAUCACUGUUCAUUUCAACCGGCGAUUGAUUUCGACAGGUUCUCAUCCUGGGAUCGCCUACAACGAGCAACAGCAUACGCUCUCCGAUUCAUACACAAUUCGGCCCAGAGGCGUACGAAAUAUACGGGACAACUGCAACAAGCAGAGCUACGGGCAGCAGAGGAAACUAUUUUUAGGUUGGCACAGCGGGAAUCAUAUCCAGAUGAGAUAGCAGCACUAUCGAAUAAAGCGCCGAACGAGACCGGGCAGGAGAUCAUCGGGAAGCAUAGCUCCAUCUACCGACUGAUGGCAAUCUUGGAUAAACACGGCUUGUUACGAGAGCGCGGCAGGGUCGGCGCGGCAGAGGAUGUCUGCUACGACGUGCGCCACUUCGUAAUCCUACCGAGAAAACACCGAACUCCGCGUGGUGGUUAA